CGAGUUGGCAACGAUGUAUUAUUACUCAUUUAUCUCCACUUUGGGUUUUGUGUGGUACUAAAUACAUCUUUUGUUGUAUUUAUUAUUUAUUUAUAAGCUGUGAUAAUUCCCUUUUUAUUAUCCGUAAUGUGCUAAUUUUGCCCAAUACAUUUUGUUUCGUCUCGUUGUGUUUUCAUUUGUUUUAUGAUGUCUGGUAAGAGUGGUGAUAAAAGGAUGGAGCAGGAAUACAUUGAAAAGAUGCAAUUUAUGUCACUAAAUGGUCAGGAUGGUGAUCCAAGGUAUGGGAGGAUUAUCAAUAAGCCAGAAUCAUCAACCUACCAUGACAAACAAAGGUCGAUGGGAGCUAUUGAGAGCUUCACUGUUGAACGGAAUACAACACCCAAUCAUGAAUAUAAAAUGUAUGAACGCAACAAUAUUAUACAUAGUUCCAAGUUUGCAACCCCUAAGCAAGUGGAAACAAUUGCUGCACAACAGAAGAUUGAGGAGAAUGAUGUUUAUGUGCAAUGUGCCAAGCCUCAGGUAGCUGCAAGUCCAACUAGAUCAUUAAGCAAUGUUUCUCAAACUUCUGGAAGUCCUAGAACAAGUGUGGCUACAAAUGCACCUUUAUAUGAGAAUAUUGAAUAUUACAGUGGUAGACCGAACAAUGCUCCUUACACUUAUCGAACUGGACAAAACUAUUGCAAAGCACAACCUCAAGUACCAACUGGAUCAAAACAUGUAACAUUAACUGGUGAUGCUCCACCAGUUUAUGAGAAUGUACAUGAUUAUCACCAAGCAGUUCCUGGACCCCAAGUAGCUUAUGGAGCUCCUCCCCCAUAUCCCAAUCCAACCUAUCAGCAACCAAAUUUCUCACAGCAACAAAUGCAGCAGCAACCUGUCUACUCAGUUAUGCAAGCUCCCAAGCAGACUGCAGCUGUACCAAUGCCUGGUCCACAAUCUCCAUCAUUUUUCCAUAAUUCUCCAUCAAAAUCGAUGACUAAGCAGCAGCUAGAUGAAAUUAACAGUUCUGACUAUGUAUGCAUGACUGGAAAUGUGUCUCAAACACUCAGCACAAAUACGCAGUUUCAAACGUCAACAGCUAAAAAUUAUUACCGUGGUCCAGAUACUGGCAUUGCCGGUGCCCCAACUAAGCCUCAUAAAGAAUUUAAGCCAAGUCCGCCGCCGAAGAUGGAGAAACCCGAACCCAGAGUUGCGCCGAGUCCUACACCAAGUACAACUAGCAAUAAUAGUAUUAAGUUGAAAAUGAGCGGUAAAACUUUGUUGCCAUACAUCGUAACACCAACGAAACCACGGGGACCUACAGAGGCUGAAAGGAAAAUCGAGGAAAUGACUAGACAGAUUGAAGAGGAAAUGGAGAAGCAUGAAGAGGAGGGAGAAUAUUUUGGUAUUUGCCAUACAUGCCAAGAAAAGGUUACUGGAGCUGGACAAGCUUGCCAAGCUAUGGGUAACUUAUAUCACACAAAUUGCUUCAUCUGUUGCUCUUGUGGAAGAGCAUUGAGAGGUAAGGCCUUCUACAAUGUUCAUGGAAGAGUCUAUUGUGAAGAAGAUUAUUUGGGUUGUGAGUUAUCAAUUCCUGAAGAACCGAAGUACUCUGGUUUUCAACAAACUGCUGAGAAGUGUGCUAUAUGUGGACACCUUAUUAUGGAAAUGAUUUUGCAAGCUAUGGGAAAAUCUUACCAUCCAGGUUGCUUCCGUUGCUGCGUCUGCAACGAUUGCUUAGAUGGUGUACCAUUUACAGUAGAUGUCGAUAACAAAAUAUAUUGCGUCAAUGAUUAUCACCGUAUGUUUGCUCCCAAAUGCGCAGCUUGCGGAAAAGGAAUCACCCCAGUCGAAGGCACUGAAGAAACUGUAAGAGUAGUUUCAAUGGAUAAGGAUUUCCACGUUGAUUGUUACAUAUGCGAAAUGUGCGGAAUGCAAUUAACAGAUGAACCCGAUAAAAGGUGUUAUCCUUUAGAAGGAAGACUCAUGUGCCGUGGUUGCCAUAUAGAACGUUUGCAACACACUCCAAGACAAAUGCACCCAGUUGCAGCCACAUACCAAUACACUGGACAAAAUUAAAAUGAGAUAAGCGCAAAAGAAAAUCUGGCGGAUAAUUUGAAUACACUUACAGGAUACUGCCAAAAUUGAUGUUAACGAAAUAUUUUAUCAGUUUAAUUAUUAGGUGUUAUGCUAAAUAUAACGAAAUUUUAUAUACAUAAUUUAUUAACGCAUAGACAUUGCAAUCAGAGCUCAAUAUAUGAAA